AUGGGGAAGCUCACGGUUAUGUUGGCGGUGCUGGCGGCGCUGCUGGUGGGCGCGUUUGCCGAGGAGCAGGAAUUCCUUCCCGGGCAGCCCAAGGAGAAAUUCCGGGGCACUGGAGGGCGCGUGGAGGUGUGGAGCGAAGAUUUUAAGCAGCUGGAGGCGGCGGAAGUGGGGGCAGCCAUGCUCACCGUGGAGAGCCAGUCGCUCGCGCUGCCCUCCUAUGCUGAUUCCGCUCAGGUGGGCUAUGUGCUGAACGGCGAGGCCAUGGCAGGGCUUAUCAGCCCUAUGGGCGCUCCUACCACUGUCAGGCGUCUGAGGGAGGGCGAUGCGUUUGUGGUGCCGAGGGGGUGGGCGCGGUGGGUGUGGAACAACGGGCAGCAGCCGCUGCGCAUGGUCACUCUCGCUGACACCUCCAAGGGCCCUUGCCCCUGCCGCUACACGCCCUUCCACCUCAUGGGCGCGCAGAAGGAGGGCUUUGGAGGCGUGCUGCAUGGCUUCAGCAAGGAUCUGUUGGCACAGGCAUGGGACGUGGAGGAGAAGGACGUGCAGCAGCUGCUGGAGGCACAAAAGGAAACGUCCUUCGCGAAGGUCACCCCUCAGCUCCAGGCAGAGCUGGAGAAGAUGGUGAACUCGCUCGAGCAGGCAGAGGUGCUGGAUGAGGAGGAGGAGAUUGAGGAGAACGACCAGCCACACUUUGGCAAGGGGGCGAAGCGCAGUGUGAGCAUCUUCGAGGAUUUCACCUACAAUCUGAAAUCGCGCCAGCCGGACAUCUACGUGAAGCGCGGCGGCACUGUGACCGCAGCCAAUGGGUACAAGCUCCCCGCGUUCCGCAAAGUGGGCUUUGCAGUGGCGCGUUUUAGCAUUGAGCCCAAUGCGAUGGCGGCGCCGCGGUGGCUGGCGAAUGCAGCGUCCAUGCACCUCAUCACGCGCGGCAAGGGGCGUGUGGAGAUCGCCUAUCCUGACGGCAGGCAGGCGCUGCGGCAUGACGUGAAGGAGGGGGACUUUGUGGUCGUGCCCGCUGGCUUUCCACAUGCUGCACUGGCCUAUGGGGAGGGACUGGAGUGCAUCACCAUGAUUCCCAAGAGCCGACCGCAGGCGGGGUUCCUGGCGGGGGCGAACUCGGUGUUGCGCAUGCUGCCUGCCUCCGUGCAGCGCGCUGCCUUCAAUGCUGAUGAGAAGCUGCUGGAGAAGCUGCGCGCCACCAGGCAGAGCGAGUUUGGCAUCCUGCCGCCCAGGAAGAGCAAGGGAGAGGAGGAGGAAGGGGAAGAGAUGCCUAAGCUCAUUGAGCAGGUGGUGGGCUUUUGA